AUGUUCGACAUCCAGGGCAACAUCAUCGUCAUAUCGACCAUUUUUGGAUGGGUCAUAACAUCUAUCGUUACUACCGGCUGUUCAUCUACAACAACAAUGCACUCGGCUAUUGACAUUGACUCAACGCUUCGGCGCUUUUGGAAGCUGGAGGAUGUCAACCAGGAAUUCCAUGGGAAACCAGAGGACGAUGAAGUUGAACAGCACUUUAUGAAAACGCACACUCGGGACUCCAAGGGGCGUUACAUAGUCGAACUUCCGUUCAAAAACUCCAACGAACAGUUUUCGGAUACAUUACAAGGAGCACUGGCAAGAUUCAGGUGUGUAGAACGCCGCCUAAAGAAGGACCCCGAUCUGCACUCACAGUAUGUACAAUUUAUGCGUGAACACCUUCAGUUAGGACACAUGCGGGAAUUAUCGCCAGGAGACAUUGACAAAGGGAAAAGCUUUUACUUGCCUCAUCAUCCAGUAAUUACCCAAAAGCUAAGGGUAGUAUUUGACGGCUCAUUCAAGGAUACGAAUGGAAAAUCCUUAAACGAUGCUCUACACAUUGGACCCAGCAUUCUCCGAAACCUCUUCUGA